AUGGAUACAAUCAAUCUGGCUGUCAUUGGCGCCCUCGGAGUGGGGAAGUCUUCCUUCAUACAACGAGCACUAAGACAGUCUCGGCCCCCAGCUUCGAAUGUCGCGACCGUACGUGCCGAUGUCGAGGGCAUCCCCCACCUCGUCACCCUGAUCGAGCUCGACCUCGAGUAUUUCGACAUAGAAGAUGUGACUGCACCUGGCCAACAGAUCCAAUGGCCGAAGCAGGUCAACGGGCAGGUUGUUCCGCGCGUGGACGGCGCCUUGAUACUAUACGACGUUACGAGUGAGGACAGCAUCCGGGACCUCCCUCCCACACUGACUGCCCUAGGGAGCGCGUCUCUUCCAUUCCUCCUAGUGGCGACCAAAUGCGACGCGCCCGAGAACCUACGGCAAGUAGAUCCAGCAAAGAUGGCAGGCAUAGCCGCCUCCUACCCUACUUGUAUGGGUAACUACCGGACCUCACCCCAUUCGCCCGGGAGCCAGAGAGACUGUCUGCAGGUCAUGCUGAAAGCUCUCGUGGCCAAUGCAAGAGGGGCCGUUGAGAAGUCCGAGGCAGCUGGGCCUCGCCGCCGAGCAGCCUCCACUGCAAACCUUGAUGCUCCACCCGACACUAUCAAUGGCCGGCCCAUAAGUCAAAGCAGCAAGCAUAGUAGAGCAAGCUCUGAUUUGUCCCUUGUUCGAGCAUUCCAGGCGACAAAUGAUGGCUAUUACCGUGGCCAGCUCUCGCGGUCGCCCAGACUGGACUCUCAGGGUCAAGGGCCUUUUCCCGGCCCAGACACUCCGGGGGAUAACACAACCCAGACAGUCUCGAGCAUGCUGCGAACUCCGGGCAUCCGGCUCGACGCCGGCGGAGAUACCUUCCUCGACGUCGAAGAAUCCGAUGCAGAGUCGUACCGAUACUCGGAUGAUAUCCCCAUUCUACAACGAAACGACGACUUCCUGGAUAGGCAAGCAAAGAUGGCAGGCGUAUCGUUUGAUGAACUUGUAGAAAGGCUCCUUGCUCCGAGGAUGUCAAGGGCUGAUAAUAACUUUGCCGACGUCUUCCUCUGUCUUUAUCGCAAGUUUGCCGCUCCUGGGGAACUCUUGGCAGCGAUCCGGGCACGGCUGGAUCGUGUGAAGGAGGACAAGAACACCCAUUACCUCGUGAGGGCAGAAACCCAGCUGCGGAUGAUAGAGGUCGUGGCAAAAUGGCUGUCACUGUAUCCCGGAGACUUCGCCCGGCCCGUGACAAGGGAGAAUUUGGAGCAGCUGAUACGCUACCUCUCUGCCGAUCCGAUAUUCUCGGCAGCCGCCCAACAAAUGCGGGCACACCUGGACCAAAAGGUUGCGGAGGAUGACGACACGGACUGGGCACAAUCCGACGAGAUGGAACAGGGCACCGAGCCGGGAAGUGACACUGGACAGGGGGCCAGUGACCUUUCUGAGGGAGUGGGCUCGCUGCACCUGGACGACCCGAGUACCUCGGGUCAAAGGAGGCCAUCCCAGAGCUCGGAGCUAUCAGCCUCGGAAAGGUUGGGGGGGAGAGCACCGGCACGUUUCCAGUUCCACUCGUUUGAGGACUACGAACGGGAGGCUGCCACCAUGGUACCUUUGGCGGUCUUGCCGCUCACCAAAAUCCGAUACCGGUUUUUCAUGGCGAUCGACCCAGACGAUAUCGCAGACGAGAUCACACGCAUCGACUGGGUUAUGUUCUCGUCGAUCCGCAUUCGCGAUCUCGUGCGCCACGUCAGCCUGCCGGCCGACCAGAAGGAGAAGUGCAAGAGCCUGAAGAACGUCAACCGCAUGAUCAGUCACUUCAACCACGUCGCCAAGUGGGUCGCCAACGUGAUUCUAAUCCGCGACAAGGCCAAGCACCGAGCGCCCUGCCUCGAGAAGUUCAUGGUUAUCGCGUCGAGGCUACGGCAGCUGAACAACUACAACGGGCUGGCAGCGGUGUUGGCAGGCAUCAACGGCACUGCCGUCCACCGGCUGUCCCAGACUCGGGCCUUGGUCAACCCUGACGUCCAAAAGCGCUUUGCCAGGCUCGUCCUGCUCAUGGGGACGCAGAAGAGCCAUUUCGCCUAUCGGCUCGCCUGGGAGAACUCGCCGAUGCCUCGCAUCCCCUUCAUGCCGCUCCACCGGCGCGAUCUUGUUUCGGCCGAGGAAGGCAGCAGGACAUUUGUGGGUCCGCAGGGUGAUAGGAUCAACUGGAAGAAGUUCGAGGUGUUGGGAGAGGUGCUGUUGCCGAUCAUGAAGAGCCAGGGGACGCCAUACCAGAACCUCAACAGACACGAGGGGAGUCGAGAGCUGAUAUUGGAUUGCCGCAUGUUUACGGAUGACGAGGACAUAUAUCAGCGCAGUGUGCAGGUCGAGACCGGGUCAGGCGGUGCAGCCGAGUCUUCCAAGAAGAAGUUCCCAUGGCUGCCGAAGUAA